CGUCUUCUCGCGAGAGUCAAUCGCCACUGCCCGAAUCCAGCUGGUACUGCUAAAAGAGGCCACCGAAGCAUUGCGUCGUGUCGUGACUGGAGAAGCUCUGUAGCAGUGAGUUGAGGUCUGACCAGCCAGUCAACCAGCCAGCCAACCACCAGCCAGUCAGUUACCAUGGGGAACAUCUUUGGCAACCUGCUGAAGAGUCUGUUAGGGAAGAAGGAGAUGAGGAUCCUGAUGGUGGGGCUGGACGCUGCAGGGAAGACCACCAUCCUAUACAAACUGAAGCUGGGAGAGAUUGUCACCACUAUCCCCACUAUUGGGUUUAACGUGGAGACGGUUGAGUAUAAGAACAUCAGUUUCACGGUGUGGGACGUGGGUGGCCAGGACAAGAUCAGGCCGCUGUGGAGACACUACUUCCAGAACACACAGGGUCUGAUCUUCGUGGUGGACAGUAAUGAUCGUGAGCGGGUGAAUGAGGCUCGAGAGGAGCUGAUGCGGAUGCUGGCUGAGGACGAGCUACGAGACGCCGUGCUUCUUAUCUUCGCUAACAAACAGGACCUGCCCAAUGCCAUGAACGCAGCAGAGAUCACAGACAAGCUGGGGCUCCACUCCCUACGUCACCGCAACUGGUACAUCCAGGCCACCUGCGCCACCUCCGGAGACGGCCUGUACGAGGGCCUCGACUGGCUGGCCAAUCAGCUGAAGAACAAGAAGUGAGUGGACCAAUCAGAGGAGAGUGAGGAGAAACCUUAGUGUCAGCUCUUGAAUCAAAAAGUGGUAGUUGGUUUUAGUUGAUCCAUUAAGUGAAAAAUCCUGACAUGGUGGGAGUGAAAUGUGAUUGGUGUAUAGGAAGGGGACUUAGAGAGAAUAUCCCUAUUGCUUGAGGAUCCAUGUCCCCAUUCCUUGAGGACAUUUUCAGCCUGUUGUCAACUAUUACAAAUGGUUCGCGCUGUCCAGCUGCGGGCCAUCAAUGUCAAUACAUUAACCUUAAUAAUAACAUUUAAAAAGUAUCUAGCAACACCAUUUAUUUAUUUAUUUAUUUAUUAUUUAUUUCAGAAUGAACAAUGGCAAUGUUAGUUUGGUUUGGAACACAGUAUUAUGCAUGGCCAUACAGUAAACGAUCUCUUGGAAAUGAAAUCUGUCUAAUGUUAUAUAUUUAGCCAGUCUUCUGACACUAUUCUCUUUUUACACUAAAAUUGCUACUGCUGGUUGGAGCAAUGCAGUAGGGGUAGAUAUUAAUGAACGGUGACAUAGGUUUGUGUAAAACACGUCCAAUAUGCAAAAGCAUGAUUUUUUCUAUGUCAACUGUAUAUUUACAUGUUUUGCUUAACAAGUACAACCAUACAGUAUCAACAUUUUUGGACACACCUACUCAUUCAAGGGUUUUUCUUUAUUUGUACUAUUUUCUACAUUGUAGAAUAAUAGUUUAGACAUCUAAACUAUGAAAGAACACAUGGCAUCAUGUAGUAAGCAAAAGAG